AUGACAUUAAGGAAAGUGAACAUUUCCAUCCUUAUAGUGGCUGUUGUCAUAUUUUUGCUAGUUCUUCAUCAUAAUUUCCUAGGCCUCAGUGACUUCUUGAAACGGGAAUUGUCAGAUUCAAACCCGUUAGGACUUCAGCCGAUAGAUUUCAUACCUGCAGUUCCCCAGAGGCUGGCAGAUGCAAGGAAUGAUAAGGAGAUCUCUGUGGUCAUUGCAGCAUCAGAUGAAAGGCUCGGGGGUGCUAUUGCAGCCAUGAACAGUAUUUACCGUCACACCAGAUCCAACGUGGUUUUCUACAUUGUUACUUUGAAUGAUACUGUGGAUCACUUGAGGCUGUGGCUGAGUAACACUGCUCUGAAAAACCUGAGAUACCGAAUUUUGGAUUUUGAUCCUCGAGUCUUAGAAGGGAAAGUACAAGUGGAUCCUCAAAAGGCAGACACCUUAAAACCAUUAACCUUUGCAAGAUUCUACUUGCCCAGCUUGGUCCCUCAUGCAGAGAAGGCCAUCUAUGUGGAUGAUGAUGUAAUAGUGCAAGAUGAUAUUCUUGAACUUUACAACACUCCAUUGAAACCUGGACAUGCAGCUGCAUUUUCAGAUGAUUGUGACUCAACCACUAAUAAAGUUGCUGUCCGUGGAGCAGGCAAUCAGUAUAAUUACAUUGGGUUUCUAGAUUACAAAAAAGAAACCAUCCGAAAGCUUGCCAUGAAAGCCAACACCUGCUCUUUCAAUCCAGGAGUUUUUGUUGCCAAUUUGACAGAGUGGAAAUUACAGAACAUCACUAAGCAACUGGAGAAGUGGAUGACACUCAACGUAGAAGAGGAACUUUACAGUAGGACUCUGGCUGGCAGCAUCACAACACCUCCACUGCUGAUUGUAUUUUACAAGCAACAUUCCAGUAUUGACCCCAUGUGGAAUGUCCGGCACCUUGGGUCUAGUGCUGGUAAAAGGUACUCUCCUCAGUUUGUGAAAGCUGCCAAGCUGCUCCAUUGGAAUGGACAUUUCAAACCCUGGGGAAGAACAGCUUCAUAUGCUGAAGUCUGGGAGAAGUGGUACAUCCCUGACCCCACCGGCAAGUUCAGCCUGAUCCGUAGGCAUUCAGAAGCCUAUGAAGCAAAGUAGCGUCAAUUUUAAUAACUGAUGGCAUUU